AUGAACUGGUCUACUACUGGUUUUAUUGCUCAGGGGGGGGAAGAAGAAGAAGAUAACCAGCUGAUAUCCUUGGAGCUGCCCGAUGCCACGAAAAAGGAGAUCGACUUUACCGAUUCCUCAUUCUUCACCACCCCAAACCGCCACCUCCCAACACCCGCCGAGGUGAGAGCGAUAUCCAAGGAUGCUUAUAAAAGUUAUAAAGUAACGCCUGUCGUAUUUGAGAAUGUUAACCUGAUUGUCAAAUUUGGCACUGAUGUGACAAUUGUCGAGGCGGUGAAUCUUUGGAUGAUCAAGAAGGCUUUUCAGAACGAGGUUCCAGUGCCUGAACUCUUUGGCUGGCGGGUUGAUGAUGAAGGCUAUGUGUUCAUGUAUAUGGAGCUGAUCAAAGGAUUAACACUCCACGAGUGCCGGGAUAGCCUAAACACUAUGCAGAAGAGGGCCAUCACUGAUCAGCUGUCACAGAUCAUGGGGAAUCUGCGACGACUUAAGCAAGACCCCUCAGAUCCGUUUAUCGGAUCAAUCAAUCGGCAGCAUCUCCUAGACCGCACCUUCGAAUUUAAACCGAAAACUGGCCCGAUCCCCAGUGUCAAAGAGUUCAUCGACUGGUUUGCUUUGUUACCUCAGAUACUCGCCUCCUACAGAUAUGAUGAUCCUGAUCGAUGUUUCCUUCCAGAUACCGGCGAGAUCAAAUUCACCCAUGCGGAUCUGCACAAGAGAAAUAUUAUCGUAUCCUCCUUCGACCCAGUUCAGAUGGUCAUUGUGGACUGGGAGCAAUCGGGAUGGUAUCCGGAUUACUGGGAAUACUGCAAAGCUUGCCGGACCUGCUACAAGGGGGAUGAAUGGCACACGGACUUUGUCGGCGAAUUCCUGGAGCCUCAGGAGGACCUGUAUCAUGUUUUUAUGGAUUAUUGCUUCGUGAUGGGCUCGUUUUUUUAA